AUCAAAUUAGAAAAAUGAUGAAAUGCUUACUACUUUCUUUUUUAAUUAUCGCCAUCUUCAUUGGUGUUCCUACUGCCAAAGGCGAUGUUAACUUCGAUUUGUCGACUGCCACUGCAAAAACCUACACAAAAUUUAUCGAAGAUUUCAGGGCGACUCUUCCAUUUAGCCAUAAAGUGUAUGAUAUACCUCUACUGUAUUCCACUAUUUCCGACUCCAGACGUUUCAUACUCCUCAAUCUCACAAGUUAUGCAUAUGAAACCAUCUCGGUGGCCAUAGAUGUGACGAACGUUUAUGUUGUGGCCUAUCGCACCCGCGAUGUAUCCUACUUUUUUAAAGAAUCUCCUCCUGAAGCUUAUAACAUCCUAUUCAAAGGUACGCGGAAAAUUACACUGCCAUAUACCGGUAAUUAUGAAAAUCUUCAAACUGCUGCACACAAAAUAAGAGAGAAUAUUGAUCUUGGACUCCCUGCCUUGAGUAGUGCCAUUACCACAUUGUUUUAUUACAAUGCCCAAUCUGCUCCUUCUGCAUUGCUUGUACUAAUCCAGACGACUGCAGAAGCUGCAAGAUUUAAGUAUAUCGAGCGACACGUUGCUAAGUAUGUUGCCACUAACUUUAAGCCAAAUCUAGCCAUCAUAAGCUUGGAAAAUCAAUGGUCUGCUCUCUCCAAACAAAUAUUUUUGGCGCAGAAUCAAGGAGGAAAAUUUAGAAAUCCUGUCGACCUUAUAAAACCUACCGGGGAACGGUUUCAAGUAACCAAUGUUGAUUCAGAUGUUGUAAAAGGUAAUAUCAAACUCCUGCUGAACUCCAGAGCUAGCACUGCUGAUGAAAACUUUAUCACAACCAUGACUCUACUUGGGGAAUCUGUUGUGAAUUGAAAGUUUAAUAAUCCACCCAUAUCGAAAUAAGGCAUGUUCAUGUCUUUUUUUUUAUUUAUGAAAUAAUAAAUAAGUGGUGAAUCUUGUUAUUUGUUCCAA